AUGCCGUACGAAAGCUUUACGCCUCAGGAACACGUGGAGAUCACUGAGGUCGUGCAGGACUCGGCCACCAACGCGUGGAUGUACGUGCUACACGUGCGACGUGGCAGCACGAGUACGCACUCGUCGCCACGUGGCCUUGUGGAAGAGGGAUUCAGCCACGAGUACGUCAUCAGGCGCCGCUUCAGCGAGUUCAAGCAGCUCCACACAGUGUUAGCGUCCGUCAUGGGCGACGCCCUCACGCCGCUACCGGCUGAUGGACUCUUGACGCUUCUUCUAGCUGACAAUCAGACGUUACUGGACGAGCGUCGUCAGGUGCUGACCCAAAUCGUCUCGGACGUGCUGAACCACGCGGUGGCGCGUGACCUGCCGGACGUGCUGGAGUUUCUAGGUCACGAGUCCAUUAGUGGAAAGGUCAUGGCCCCGCUCUCGGGUCAGUGCACGAGUUCUAUCCACAAGACGUCAAGUCCGGCUUGGACAGAGCUCGAUGGGAUGUAUCGAGAGGCCAUCACAUCGUCAUAG